UCUUUUGCUUUCUCGUUCUCUGGCGAUCGAUCGCCAUUGUUGAGCUCGGCGAGGCCAAAGCGCGGCGAGAUAGCGAUGUGGGAGUCUAUAUUCUUGACUCUGAUCGCUACGGCGGGGAACAACAUCGGCAAGGUGUUCCAGAAGAAGGGCACCGUCAUCCUCCCCCCACUUUCCUUUAAACUCAAGGUUAUUCGAGCAUAUGCUUUCAACAAAUUAUGGAUCAUUGGUUUUCUCAUGGAUAUAGUUGGUGCUUUGUUGAUGUUGAGGGCAUUGUCUCUAGCUCCGGUUUCUGUUAUUCAACCAGUUUCUGGUUGUGGACUUGCUAUACUCUCAGUUUUCUCCCAUUUUUAUCUUAAGGAAGUCAUGAAUACUCUUGAUUGGGUUGGAAUCGCAUUUGCUGGUGCUGGUACUAUUGGUGUUGGUGUUGGAGGAGAGGAGCAGGAUGUUUCUUCAGUGUCCCUUCUUCGUCUACCUUGGCUGCUUUUUGCUGUUGCCAUCUUGUUUGUCCUCCUUAACACAUGGCUUCAUAUUUAUAAAAGCAAACGACGGGAACAAGAACUUAUGCAAUCCGAGGUUGUUGAGGAAAUCAUAUUUGGCUUGGAAUCAGGCAUUCUAUUUGGGAUGGCAUCUGUAAUCUCAAAGCUUGGCUUUAUGUUCUCUUCUCUUGGUUUCUCGAAGAUUCUGGUCCCUAUAUGCAUCACAAUUAGCAUAUGCUGCAGUGCAACUGGCUUUGUCUAUCAGACGCGUGGCCUUAAACAUGGGAGAGCGAUCGUAGUAUCUACAUGUGCUGCUGUUGCAUCAAUAGUGACCGGGGUGCUUGCUGGUAUGCUAGCUCUGGGUGAACAGAUGCCUUCGGCUCCUUCAGCUCGCCUUUUUCUUUUGCUUGGAUGGAUCUUAAUCAUUUCCGGAGUGAUCCUUCUGGUGAGCUCUACAAAAUUGAUAGCACUUCUUCGAAGACCUUUACGGCAAAGUCUAAGAAGCAAUAGUGAGAAGAAUCAAACUCUUCGUCGAAGCAUGUCAAGCCGCGGCAAGGAUCUAAGCACAAGCACAGUGAUUCAAGCUUCAACAUUGCAUCAUCUACUCAAAGAGAAGACCUAGAGAAUUUUCUUUACUUGUAAACAAGUAGGUGGAAAGUUAGGUGCUUGAUCAAAAGAUGUAGAGAAUAUAUUUCUUUGGUUCUUUCAUACAUACAUUGCUACUUCCUUUGCAUUUUUGUUCAUUCAAAGAAUUUUCAUGUUUGAGUUGAAUAUUAUGAC